GCAUUACCAGUUUAAAUUUAGUUUUCGUAACACGCUUCCGGAAUCAGAAUUUCAGUUUCAUUCGAUGAAACGCAAAACAGAGUAAUUAGAAACGCAUGAAAGGUAGCGAUGCUUGAUGUCACAUAAUGAUAAAUAACACCUGAAAGCAGUCAUUAAUUAGAAAACCAACAAUUGAAAUGAAUUUUCAUCCUAAUGCUAUGGCAGCUCGACACCAAAUGCCAGGUGCUGGACACCAAAUGCCUGGUGCUGGUAGAAACAUCGCCUACAUCAGACAACCAAUGGUCAGGAAUCCACAAGGACUCUCACCAAUUCCUCUAAACUUGAUGCAGGCAAUGCAAACGAAUCAGACUAUGAUGUCCGGAAAUCCUAUGAUGCUCCAGCACCCAAAUAUUGCUCAACCUGGCCAGGUCCUGUUGAGACAGGGACAACCAUUACUUCUGAGACAACCUAGAGCAAAUCUGCUACAGCAGCAGGCUCAGGGAUAUGUACGUAAUGGGAUUUCUGACGUUCCAGUCAGUGGAAUGCUUGGUUCAAGAUUUAACUUGAAUUUACAAGGACAGAGUAAUAGGAAAGUCAAUACUCUGAUUGGCCCAAGAGUUAAUAUGAAUCCACAAGGACAAGCACAGUUAAUGAAUGCCAGAGUUAAUCUAAAUUCAUCUCAACAGCCUGGUAACAGUGCUAUGGUUAGGAAUUUGCUAGGAAACAAUAUCCAGAUUCCUAGGCCAGCCUUUGUCCUUCAAAAUGGGCAAAAUAUGUUUACAUCUACUGUAAGCACCUCGUCACUGCAGACUAAUUCUGUAGUCUCAAGUUCUAGUGCAUCUCGGAUGGGAACUUCAUCAUCAUUAGAGGUAGUGCGGUUGGAAUCUAACCAAAGUCCCAAAGAAGCAAGUGCCUCCCCUCGUCCAACCACAAUAACAGAGAACAGUGGAUCUAUCCCUGAGACCUCCACCAGUUCCCCUGUCUGUACUGAUUCUACCACAGAAAAUACAAGCAAUAUCCCAAAGAGUAGUGAAACUACCAUAGUGCCUGCUGAUGAUAUAUCUCUAAGCACCCAGGGAUCAAAUCUUGUCAUUCCAACUGAAACCAGAGUCCUGCAUAGAGAAAAACCCUAUGAUAAAAUAGUACGCCCAAAUUAUGUAGCACUAACCGACCCAAAAAACCUCACAAGCAAUAAAAAGGAUUCAAAAGAUCUGUUGAUUGAAAGUUUACAAAAAGAGUUACUGAAGCUACAGAAGGAAAACUCGGAGCUGAAGGUGGAAAACAUGAAAUUAAAAGGAAAAGAGCUUGAUGUCGGAAACAAAGGUAUGGAUACAUCAUCAGAUUUAUUACUAGUCAACAUAGACUCAACUCGACAGCCACAGACAGGAGAGGCUGGGAAGAGUGUUCCUCUGUUAGAGGAGGAGGAGAUUGAUGAGGAGGUCUUAUUGAAUACUGACACUCAAACAGAAAGCAACAAACAGGGUGGUACGGAAAAUACGGAAAAUUCUCUUCAGGAGAAGAUCUCAGAUGAGCUACCUAAGCCUGAUUCAAACAAGACUGUCAUGAAAACCAAUACUGAUUCCUUGCUACCCAAUUCUCAAUGCUCGGAAAAUUCAGAGUCAGAUCCUACUGUUGACAAGAAAGAGGGGUCUAAUGACAGUGAAAUGAAGUAAUCAUCCCACCAAUUCAACAGUCAAGAUUGCGCAAUAUAUUUUUUAAGAAUAGACGUUGCCAUGGAUAUUACCGUAUGUGAUUAGACAGGAAUACAGUUAUUGCAUUGAUGGUGUUUGAAUUCAUAUGUGCAUGUGCUAUGUGACAAAUGUUGGUGAUUUUUACAUAGAUUGUUUGAUGUAAUUGUUCACAGAUUUUUUUUUAAAUAUUCACUUUGAUUGAAAAUCCAUGCAUCUUUAUACUUCUAUUACUGAAGAAAAAAAUUUGAAAACAUCAUUUAGAAUUUUUAUACUUUAUUGCUUUGAGGUGAACCUUUGACAUUAUCUUAUCAAUCAGUUUGAAAUUACAGUGUUAGUAAUUCUAAACAUCUUUAGUUGUUCCUGUUUCAUAAAUGAUUUCAUUGAGACUUAGGCUUAAAGUUUCUAUGUUUGCUGACUUGUAUUGCUACUUUAGGAAACCAGAUAUUGAUUGACUCUUGUUGGUUUUAAUGAACAUGUUUAAGUAUUUGAUUCCUGUAUGUGGUUUACUUUUUUAUGAAGAAAUGUGAUGCAUAUUUUAAUAUCAAAUGCAGGGUCAUCAAUUUCAAUUCAGGUAUGAGUAAAUAAGCCUUUACUACUUACAAAGGUAAAUGUAAAAAGAUAUUCAGCAUAUCUCUACUUUUGUAAGAAAUGGAUUUGAGAUGCAUUUUUUAAUAUUUUCUUUUUUUGAAUUCACUCUCUGAAGUGGCCAUACAUACACACAUAUUCCUCAGGUACUUGGAUGAUAGUACUUUGAAAUUCAUAAUAUGUAUGUCCUGGUUUGCUGUACAUGUUACUUAGGUAUAAGUAGGAUUGAAUUUUAUGCCUAUGGCAGUCAUCUUUCAGCAAUUUUAACUUGGUCAUCACUUUUGACAUGUGUAAGAUAGAGAGCUCAUACAUGGUGAACUGCAAAGUUAAGACAAAAGGUUUGUGGCUGAUAAAAGUUAUGUUCCCUUUUGCCACAACUUGUUCGUGCAUGGAGCAUAGCAUUUCAUAUCUUGUUUUUGCUGUUUAUUUUACAUGUUUUGCAGAUAAGAUGUUUGCUUUAUUUACUAGCACUUGAAUCAACCUUAACAUACAGAAAUUACAAAAAAAUUGUAUGGUUUCCCUUUACUCUUGUAUUUCAUUUUUGACAUGCGAAAACAGAGUAUUGUAAUGGAGAUUAGAAAAAAUUUAGGUUGAGCAGUUAAAAUUAAUGAUUGGACACAUCUUGUGCAUGUAUUGCUUGGUAUCUUUAGUAUCUGUUAGGUAAUUCUAAGAUUCCUUGUUGUUUGUGUAGAGUUUAAGUAGCUGGUCUCAUAAAUACUUGUACCUUGUAGCAUUUAUGCCCAUAAUUGUUUAGUUUUAAUCAGGCUUCAUGUAUCAUAAUAGAAUCAUUCCAGGAUCACUCGGAGCCAGUGACUUGCUGAAUUUGACAGCUGUCAAAAUAUGUCACAGUAGCUGGAACAUUAUUUAAUUUGUCAACCCAGUAUUGGAAUUUAUUUCUCUUCCUGCAAGCACCUGUUUUUAGCUCAAGUGAGCUGAAGGCUUUAAUGAACCUUUCUGAUCAAAAUUAAUCUGGUGCAUGUUGUCUUCAUUAUUGUCAUUAUUAUUUCCCAUUUUCAUCUUCUCUAGAACCACAGGGCCAAUUUCAAUCAAACGUGGCACAAAUCAUCCUUGGAUGAGAGGAUUCAAGUUUGUUCAAAUGAAGGAUCAUGUCCCUUUCAAAGGAGGGAUAUCAAGAAAAGGCAAAUUAGCAGAGUUUAUUAAAAAAUCUUCCCAAGAACCAAUGGGCCAGAAAAGUUGAAAUUUUUUAUGAAAUCUUCCUGACAUUAUGUAGAUUGAAUUUAGGUAAAGUCAUGGCUCUUGAGGAUAGGACGAGGCCAUACUGGGAUCAAAGUGUUACAUGGGGAUAUGUAGGAAAAGUCUUUGAAAAUAUCUAUUGAACAAAGUCAAGAACAGAACCUUGAUUAGUCAUAUUAAUAUGCAAGUAUCUCCAGGUAGUGCCCAGGGAUAGGGUGGGACCACAAUGGGUGAUCAAAGUUUUAGAUAAAAAUAUAGAGAGAAACUUUAAAAAAAAAAAAAUCUUUUUCUCAAGAACAGUAGGGCCAAAAUUAGUCAUACUGAUAUUCAAGCAUCUUAAGGUAGUGCAAACUCGAGCUUAAUUGUUCAAUUCUGAGGGUAGGGUUGGACUGCAAUAGGAGAUCAAUUCUUUAUAUGGGAAUAUACAGGAAAUUGAUUAAAACAAAUUCUUUUCAAAAGUAAAAGGGCCACACUUGAUCAUACAAAAUGCAAAUAUUUCUAAGAUUCUAGUAUUUUAUUAUGCCCAUGACUAAAGAUGGGGCAUAUUGUUUUUGUCCUGUCUGUCUUAAACUUUAACCUUGCUGAUAAUUUUUGAAUGGUGAGUUACAUGAGAUUCUCAUAUUUCUUGUGACAAGACCUUUCUUUUGGUACCAAAGUUUUUAAACUUGUGACCUUGGUCUUGGAAUUUGUCCUUCCUUUAAAAAAACCUAACAUGAGCAAUAUCUCCAGAACUACGGUAUUUAAGGUAGGACUAUCAUACUUUGUAUAUACUAGAUUUCUUAUGGCAAGAAAUAUCAUUUGAUAACAUAAUGUCUGACCUUAUCAGCUUUACUUUGGAGUUUGACCCUAAUUUCAAAACUUUAUAUGAAACUUUAACCUUGCUCAUAAGUUUUGAAUAGUGAGUGAUGUAUCUCUCAUAUUUGAUGUAUGAAUUCCUUGUGAAAAGACCUUUCUUUUUGGUACCAAAGUUACCUUGAACUUGCAUUUUUACUUAGAUGCCUUUAAGAAAACUUACCUUGGGCAAUAUCUCCUUAACUGUUUAAGGUAGGGCUUUCAUGUGUAUAUAUAUUCUAUGUGGCAAGACCUUACCUUUCAUCCCAUGAUUUGUGACCUUAUCUUAUGGUUAUAUUGUGACCCUUUAGGGCUAAUAUCGGAUCAAAAUUUUUCAUAAUAAAUAUUGAAAAACAUCGUUUUAAAAAUCACAACAGCUGCGCCAGGGUAUUUCGGUGAGUGAUGUAGCCCAUGUGCCUCGUGUUAAGUAGUCUUGCAAGAAUCUGAAAACACUUUAAUUUUGACCAAUUAAAUGAUACAAUAUGUAUUUCAGUUACUGUCACAUUUUGUCAACCAUCAAAUACAUUGAGUUACUUGCUCAUACCUGGAAUAAUUCUAUAUAUAUGUAUAGUUUAUUUCUUAUGCUAAAUGUAUUUUGGAUCGAAUAUUUUCAUAUACAAUGCUUAAAUUCUCUAGGUUUUUUUUUUUUUUUUUUUAUUGUUUGUUGGUUUUUUUUUUAUUUUUCUUUGAUAUCUAAAUUUUCAUAGAUGCUUAUAGUCCAUGAAUUUAUAACAAAAAUGAUACUUGCAGCUUUGUAGCUCUCGGGCAAAAAUAAUUCCAGUUUUCCCACCUGCGAGCUUAAUUAAGUUUUACAAUGCCAUUUUUUGUGUUAGAUGGAUCCACAGGUUUAUCCAUGAGAUCACAUCCUCACAAAAACAGAAAAUGUUACACACCAUGAAAAAUGGCCCCUGUGAAAUAGAGAAUAUAAAAUAUGGUUACAGCAAACAUGCUUUUAAUGAAUUGACACCAAUUGCGAAGUGAUUUCAUCCCCUGUAAUUUUUAACAUAUUAGGAACUUGUUGGAUAUACAGAAUUAUGUUUAUUACAAAUCAAAUCUGUUUAUCCCCAGCACUUUACUAAAAGUGUUUGACUGUGUAAGGUUUUGCAUCCCUCCAGGUCCUGAAAAAUAGAUCAUGUGAUUUUUCAAAUUUUAUUUGCUUGGAAUUCAAGGACUUUUUCAAAGACUGAGCAUCAAAAUUUGCUAUAGGAAGAAAACUAUACCUGUUUCUGAUGCAAUAUGAAUCACAGUUUUUAUUUUCAGUGGGUUAAAGUUACAUUACAUAUAUACUACUGUACUGUGAGGUCUUAUCAAUGUAAACUUAAGUACAUGUUGUAAAACCAGUAGAAAAGUCGUGAGAAAAGUAGACAGGGAAAUCCAGGAAUUUGAUAUGAUUUGGACAAUCAAAUAUUUCCUUGAUAAGGGUUGCUUUGCUGAGGGAUGUACAUUGUUGAAAUAGAUAUUUGGGGAGGGGAUCUAUGUUUGUUCCUUUGAUGGAAAAUUUGGGGCAUAUAUCAAUUCACUGAAUGUCAUCAGAAUUCACUUGCAGUAAAUGUAUCCUCCUAUUCUUUAGUUUAGAAGAUGGAACAUUUGUUGUACUUUUUUUUAUCAAAUGUUAAAUGUUUGGGAGAAAAAGUGUUUUAAGUGAAAACAUCGAAUAUUCAUAGGACAUGUAAGUAUUACAUUGGUUCUGUACAAUUAAUUAAGGAAUUAAAUUUACCACCGUUUUGUUAUGUACAGUAAUGUGUUGCAGUUUCUCUUACGUUCCAUAAAUACAUUGACCUUUCAACUUUACAUGAAAACAUAGAAAGAAACAAGUCUAAAUACAUAAAGAAGGACAGAACAUUGGUAAAUUAAAAUACGAUGAUGUAUAUUGACAUAAACCAUAUUUGUCACAUUUCAUUUGAUUGUAUGUUUAAUAUUCUAGUACGUCAAAAUGGUGUGAUGUGUUAUCGAGAAGAAUGUCUAUAUUAUAUUAGGUUUAGGUAUUUUGGUAGUUUGGGUUAUAUUUAGCAUUGGCCAAGAGAAAAACAGACUACUGAAUGAGUUUAAAAUUUGGCCAUAAAGCAUAAAAUGCCUUGUGUCUCUUUAGUGCAUGUAGUAAUCAUAUGUCUACAUGCACCAACUCGACGGGAAUUUUUUUUAUAUCAUUGAAAAUUUUGAAGAUAAUGUGAAACCUCUUGCAUCAAUCACAACAACAGCAUGGAAUCCAUAGUCUCGAAAGAAAAUGUAUUUCAUGUUGUUUUUCAUUUUUACAUAAUACGUCUUGUAUGAACUUUUGUUUUAAAGCAAACAUUCUUAAAGUUGAAGUGAUUUUUUCCCCACAUGAGAUCAUCUUUUGGCUUGGUAUAUUCAUUAGGUGUGGAAUUACUUAUUUUAGACAAAGAUUUAUUUUUUGGUAAAGUACUUGUUUGUCUUUUUUCUUGUCAGUCUUUGUAAUUUUCUACUGAGGUGGUUUCAUGACAUCAUGUAAUGAGAUCUUUUGACUGUUGUUGACUUCUUCUGAUCAGUAGCCAAUAAAGGUGUUCACACUAUUGAAUAUCAAAAA